GUGAGAUCUGGCGCGGGCGCUCGCUCCCGUCCAGGACAGCGAAUUCCACCUUAAAAGCGGCCUCUGGAGUGAAACUUUUCGCCCUAACUCCGUCAGUCCACCUUAAGCGCACACGCUAACGCAAGAGGCGUAGAGCGAGGUUUCCGCUUCUCCGUGGGGUUCGGACCGCGGCUCACGAAAAAUCACCGUGUGUAACGUCCAAGCUUGACGCACUUAGGUGGAAGAGGGGCAGAAAAGCGAGGAGGAAAAAAAGAUGUCCGAGCCCAAGUACCGCGAGUGGAUUUUGGACACUAUCGACUCGCUGCGGUCUCGAAAAGCUCGGCCGGACUUGGAGAGAAUUUGCCGAAUGGUCCGGAGGCGACACGGGUCCGAGCCCGACCGAACCUGCGCGGAACUGGAGAAACUGAUCCAGGAGCAGACGGUGCUCAAAGUUAACUACAAGGGCUCCGUCUCCUACCGGAACGCCGCCAAGGUUCAGCGGCGGAGCAGAAAGAAAGACGAUGUUUCGUUAGCCACGGCUGCGAGACGGAGCGCGAUGGAAGAAGCCAGUCAUUCCGACCUGAGCAACGGGGAUAGCGCGUUCGGUGCCGUGGACCAGGACGAGGAGGAUUUGGAGGGCGACACCUCCAUGGCUAUGGACACAGACAGCAACCCUGAUGAGGAGGGGGCCGAGGAGAGCCGGGACGGGCAGGACGGACCGUCUCCCAGCCCCACACCUGAAGACGCCUCGGUGCAGUGUGCCCCCGUCCGGGCCGCCUCUGCGCCCUGCUCCCCCUCCGGCUCCCGGCCCGGCUCCAGCCCCAACUGCAGCUCCGGCUCGGCUCCGGACUGCGCCGCUUCCCAGAAGGCGGGCGAGAGGCCCAACUCCUUGCCCCCCUCCAGCCCCCUGGCCCUUACACACAAUGAAUGGGCCUAUAAUUCAGCUGUCAGCCCAGUGGAGCGCCAGCACCCAGGAAUGCAGAGGGACAAAGCGGAGCCGAAGCCAGCCGAGCACCCAGGGACGACGAGCCCCUGCGCUUCAACCAACGGAAAGAAAGAAGCCGAGAUCAGGGUGGAGGACAGCAGCCUCUCGCCGGACCAGUUGGUGCCGGACUCUGUGGGACGACCGGAUGAAGUGAGGAAUGUCUCCGAUGGAAGGUUACAGACGGUGUCUCCGCCGCCUGAGAGCUGUACAGUAAAGAAGAUCGACACACCCUACACAGCAGCUGAAGGCGGCCUUCUUAAUGGCGGGACAGGUGAUGAAGUCUCGGUGAAGAUGGAGAAGACCAACCAGAACCUGUUGCAGUGGACCGUGGCGGACGUGGCCAGUUACUUCUCAGCGGCGGGAUUCCCAGAGCAGGCGGUGGCUUUUCGAACGCAGGAAAUCGACGGGAAGUCUCUCCUCCUGAUGCAGCGCAGUGACGUCCUGACGGGCUUGUCCAUCCGACUCGGCCCCGCCCUCAAAAUCUACGAGCGCCACGUCAAAGUGCUGCAGAGGACCCACUUCCUGGAAUGUGACGACAUCUGACGGGGACCAGCAGCGCCGUAUGAACUCAGAAACGUGCAUGCAGUUCCCUCCGCCAUCUGGAUCCGCCCGCCCGUCCUCCUUCAUGUAUAAAUGCGUAGAGGGCGCGCGGAGCGGGAAAAAGGCUGCGGAGGAUUUCGCCUUCACUGUGAGAACGACCAGAAGCUGAAAGACAGUCAUCCUACCUCUCAUUACGGUCUUCGAUUUUUUCAAACUUUUUUUUUUUUUUUUUUUUUUCCACUCCUGUGGCCAAUUUGCGGAGACAAAAGACAGCUGCAAGAAAAAUCAGUUUGAGUGGAGCCGUGCUGACCUUUCUGCUAAAGUGACGCUGGUGCGUACGGUACACAGCACUGAGACCCACUCCAAGUGUGGGGGGGGGGGUCGUCCUGUCAACUUUCUGCAAGAUUUAAAAACCGAAGGUCACUAAGAACUUAAAGCACAUCCGCUGUGCUUCCUUUUCGCUCGGUGAUGAGAGUCAAGCAUCAGAAGUCGAUGUAAAAAGUUAGCGUUGAACGUU